AUGGAGUUUGAGAGAUGGGGUCGUUCUAAUUGCAUGAGUCUAAUGAUCAUGCAACAAUGCAUUCCAGAAGCCUUCAGAGGCACAAAAUCUAAAGAGAUCACUAAGGCCAAGAAUUUCCUCAAUGCAAUUGAGAAAUGUUUCUCUAGAAACGAUAAGGCUCAAUUGACUUCACUUCUGGCUUCCUUAAUGUCCAUGAAGUAUAAGGUUCGAGGAAAUGUUAGGGAGUACAUUAUGGAAAUGUACUAUAUUGCUUCAAAACUUAAGGCACUUAAGAUCGAGCUUUCUGAGGAUUCGCUUGUUCUUAUGGUUUUGGUAUCGCUUCCUGCACAGCUUAACCAAUUCAAAAUUAGUUAUAACUGUCAAAGGGAUAAAUCGACUCUAAAUGAGCUCAUUUCUCACUAUGUGCAAGAGGAAGAAAGGUUGAAGCAAGAUAAGACUGAAAGUGCUCACUUGGCCAGUGCCUCUAAGGAAAAUGACAAUAAAAGGAAAUAUGAGAAUGAAGCUGCUAAGGGUCCAACGCAAAAGAAACAAAAAGAAGGAAUCAGAAGGUUGUUUCUUUUAUGA